GCCAAUAGAUGCUGAAGGGGUGGAGCCUGCUGAUCAGUGGCGGCUGCGGCUGAGCUUGCAGGCAUCUAGUCUUGCUGGCUCAGCAAGCCCGAUAAGCAUGAAGCUGCUGUGUUUGGUGGCUGUGGUGGGGUGCUUGCUGGUGCCCCCAGCUCAAGCCAACAAGAGCUCUGAAGAUAUCCGGUGCAAAUGCAUCUGUCCGCCUUACAGAAACAUCAGCGGGCACAUUUACAACCAGAAUGUGUCUCAGAAGGACUGCAACUGCCUGCAUGUGGUGGAGCCCAUGCCAGUGCCUGGCCACGACGUGGAAGCCUACUGCCUGCUCUGCGAGUGUAGGUACGAGGAGCGUAGCACCACAACCAUCAAGGUCAUUAUUGUCAUCUACCUGUCUGUGGUGGGGGCCCUCUUACUCUACAUGGCCUUCCUGAUGCUGGUGGACCCGCUCAUCCGGAAGCCAGAUGCCUAUACUGAGCAGCUGCACAAUGAAGAGGAGAAUGAGGAUGCUCGCGCCAUGGCAGCAGCCGCUGCAUCCAUUGGAGGACCCCGGGCAAACACUGUCCUGGAGCGGGUGGAAGGUGCUCAGCAGCGGUGGAAGCUGCAGGUGCAGGAGCAGCGGAAGACAGUCUUCGACCGACACAAGAUGCUCAGUUAGAUGGUUGCCAUGAUUGCAUCAGAGACCUGGGCCAUGGCUACCAGAUUCUGGGGCUCACUGCAGUCUUCCCUGGGUCUUCCCUUCAAAUGCCCAUGGCGUUUGUCCUUCUCCCUCUCUAGAAAUGUACUCGACUGUUAUAACUAGGGAGUGUGAUUGGGUCUCUGUAGGUCUCUGGGGGGUAGAGGGGAGGGGAGGGAAGGCAGAAGGGAACAGAGACAUUUGAGGUGGCCACAUGAUUGAGUGGAAUUCAUCCCUCCUGUCUUCGCCAUUCCUCCCAGCUCCACAUCUUAAGGAUGCUUACGGGAGAUGGAGCUGUGUCAUCAAGAGCUCGGUGGGUUCAAGGAAAGUAUGACCCAGCGCUCAGCCUUCCCUCUAGGAUGCUGUGGUCCCCAUUCCCACUUCCUCCAGUGCCAGUACUUUAGCUUGGCCUGGCCCCAGCCUCAGGAACUGUUGUGGUGCCACUGAGCCCACGGUCAUCUCCAGAGUCCACCUGGAAGCCUGCUCCCCUCUCCUCGGCUCCUGGUCCACCAGUGCAUGGCAGUGCCCAUGCAUGCCAGCAUAUUCAGCAGCUGUCACCUUACUCCCGUCCCAGGAGGCCAUCAGGCCUCCCACCUCUCCCCUGUGACUGCAGCUGCUGAGCCAUAAAGUUAGAGCCUUUGACACAAGGCCAAUGGGGACCAGAGUACCAUGGCUCCUGUCCUUGGAUGGCCUCUUGUCCCUGAAUUUCAUUGUAUCAUGCAUGGAGAGAAAUGUCUGUCUUUCUGUUGUCUGUACAUCGAAGAAGCCAUUAAAUUGUUUUAUUUCUCAAA